UCAUAUAGAUAAAUGAGUUUGAAAAGGUCUGCCCCAGUAAAUUUGCCGCCUCUCUCCUCCAUUUCCAACAAUGGGGGCGUGGCUGGCAGCGCAGCGUUUUGGCUACGCUGCAGGAAGGGGGGAAGGGCUGAGGACACAAGCGGGGAAUUUACUGGAGCAGUACUUUUCAAACUCAUUUAUCUAUAUGAGACACACCUAGAUUUCAAUGGGGAUUACAUGAGAUUGUAGUAUUGGGAUGUGUCUUUCAGCUGCAUAUGGUAAAUGAUUUAUCCUAUACUUUGUCCUUUUUAAAAUCCAAAACGUAACCUACUUUGUGGAUAGCCCUCGUUUAUGUAUGGCUGGUGUUACACUUAAAAAUUGUACCUGAUCCGAACUAACAAACAAAUUCAACGUAAGGGCAAACCUACUGACACUAUCUUGUUCAUAACUUGUGGACUGUCUGUAGAUUAAAAUAGGAAUAGUAUCUUGCUUUUUGGGAGAGUGUAAGGGCAGGUCUUGUGAAUGUUUGAUUCUUCAGCCAAGUACAUUGUGGAGUUGAUCUUGUUCCUCUGCCUAUCCUUGAGGCAGAUGAUAUUGUUUUUCUGAUUCCCCUUUUAUAUUGUCUUGGAACAAAAUAGUGGAGAGUGUACACAAAUGUGUGGCUCAGUUCCUAGUCAUCACUUUCAGAAUGAUGGCUUGAUUAAGUAUUUAUAGUGAGUACUUAGGUAUCUUUGACAAGUUGUUCUUUGUGUUAAGAUUUUUUUAAUGUCUUUGUUUUUUUAAAAAUAAAGGAAUUUGUAUAGUGGUUUGUGUAAGGAUGUUAUGAGUUAAUGGGAAUUAUUGAUAUGAUUUUAUUUGUUUAUUAAAAGGAAAAAGGGGAGUUAUGUAUUGAUGAAGACAGGUCUCACAUGGAAGCCAGCUGUGUUCAGCGGGUUGCCAUGGCAACGGGGGCGUGGCUAAGAUGACAGUUGGAGCAUAUUCCCUUUUAAAAGUUCAGUUGCUGUGAGGGUUUUAAAAAGGAGUGGCUGUUAGGGGUUUGAGAAGAAGAGUUGUGGUUAGGUUUUGGAAAGAUUAGGAGCUGUGGAAAUCAGCUAAGGACGGCAGCUUAUGGUCACUCAGGGGAAAGGCUGGGAAUAUAAGCUGACCAGGGGAGUUUAGUAUACUGUUUUGAAGAGAAGUUAUUUAAGAAAUAUCCAUUCAAGAAAGACUACAUUGUAACUUAAGAUCCGGAACGUUUACUGAUUGAAACCAUACGCUUAUGUACCAAAAAUAAACUUGAAUUUUGUUAUUGUUCAUAAAGAUAAGUCUCCUUGCCUCUCUGUAAGCCUGUUACCUCACGUUGGUGGCAGUUACCGUACCUAUCUAUAUAAGUUACCGUACUUUCCUAUAUAAGUUACCAUCUUUACUCAUUUAAACCCAAUCAGUUCCGUUAUCCUUCCUUAUCCACUAAAUCAUCCCUGUCAUACAUUCACACAUCCUCCAUCCCUCCCUCUCACACGUGCACACAUCUCCUGAAUUGGAGGCAGCAGUGGGAUUUAAAGACAAAGAUUUCCCCUGCCUGAGUUGAGUACCACAAAUUGGGCUCUCUUCAAUUGGGGGCAGCGGUGGGAUCAAAAGGAUUCCAUCCCUGUCACCUCAGUCCUCUUCAAUUGGUGGCAGCGGUGGGAUCAAAAAAGAUUCCUUCCCUGCCUCACCUCUCUUCAAUUGGUGGCAGCGGUGGGAUCAAAAAAGAUUCCUUCCCUGCCUCACCUCUCUUCAAUUGGUGCCAAGCGGUGGGAUACGUUUAACAUCUCAAACUAAGUGCCUUAAGACCACAUAGGAAGAAAUCGUGAGGUAAAAGUUAAGAAGAAUGGCUACCAGACUACAAAAGAAAUUAGCAGGAGAGGCUAGUGAAUACCAAGGAGAUAGUUCGGACUCUGAGCAAACCCCUGAGACAAGGGAAACCCUUAAAUAUAAAAUUGAAUUGAGAAAAUUAGAAUUGGAGGAUAAGCAAAGAGAAAGAGAAAGGGAGGAUAAGCAAAGAGAAAGAGAAAGAGAGGAUAAGCAAAGAGAAAGGGAGGAUAAGCAAAGAGAGAGAGAAUGGGAGGAAAAACGAUGGGAACAAGAGAAGGAAUUGAAAAUAAUGCAGCUAGAGAAGGAUAAGGAAAUAGAACUGAGACGAUUGGAAUUGGAAAAAGAGAAAUUGGCACUGUCUCAACCACACAUUAUUAACCAAGAAGGGAAUGGUAGGACUGAAGCGUCUGAUCUACUUCUGAAGAGAUUCCCAAAGUUUAAUAAAGAUGAUGAUGUGGAAAAGUUUUUGAUUUCUUUUGAGAGGUGCUGCAGAGAUUUUGAAAUUGAUGAGGGAAAAUGGAUGCUUUAUUUAAGACCCCAGAUUUGUGGUAAAUUGUUAGAAAUAUAUGGUGAUGUACCUGAAGAGUUACACCGAGAUUAUAACUUCUUUAAAAAACAGGUACAACAGAAAUUGCAACUCACACCUGAAUUUUAUCGUUUAAAAUUCAGAUCCCUGAGGAAAGAAAAGGCCCAGAGCUUCUCAGAAGUAGCCUCAAAACAAGCCCAAUUAUUUGAUAGUUGGCUCAGAACCUCAGAAGUGGAAACUUUUCAACAGCUGAGGGAAUUAAUUAAGUUGGAACAACUGUUUCAAUUAGUGCCCUCAGAUUAUCGGUGGUUAGUUCAAGACAGAAAGCCAUCAACUGCCAAUGAAGCGGCUUCAAUGACAGACCAAUUAAUCACUCUGAGGGAAGGAUUUAGGAACGAUGAGGGACUAAGUGAGAGAAGGCAGAAUAAACCGCCAUUUUACAAUUAUCAAACACACACACAAUACAAAAAGACGCCUGCAGUAGAAAACACCGCCUACAGGAGGCCUGAGGUAAUUAAUCAGACCAAACCUGAGGUAAAAGCAAGGUGCUAUCAGUGUGGGAAGUCUGAUCAUCUAAAAUACCAAUGUCCUCUUUUAAGAAGAGAUAAAACAUCCUUCUUUAUGAAUAAAGAGCCCAAAGAAAAUACUCUUAAUAGUGAUAUUAAGUUGCUAAGCAGUACUGAAACAGUCCCUAGGGAGAAACAAUGUUUAUUUAUUUUAUCCGAUGAUUUUUCUGAAGAUUACUUUGAGCCUAUUACUAUUGUGAACCAACAAAAACAAGGUUGGAGGGAUACAGGAUCCCAGGUGUGUGUUAUCCACCCAAAAUCGGUACCUCAGAAAUAUCAAAAGCCCACCUCUGAGAUAAAUCUAAAGGGUUUGGGACCAGCUGUACCAGCUGAGGUAGUAUCUCUCCCAAUUGAAUACAAUGGAUGGAAAGGGAUCUGGGACUUUGCAAUUAGUUCAGAUAUCCCUCAUGAAUGUUUAAUCGGCAAUGACCUAGCUAGACAAGUUAAGAACUGGAAAAAGUUGUGUGAGGAGAAGGAAGAUUACAACAGAAGCCCUAUUCAGGAAGCAGUGUGCUUACCUAUUCAACCAGAAUCUGAACAGGGUCCAGAAUCCAGUUCCGCCAUUAUCGAAAUUGUUAGUAAAACAGGGGGAGUGCAAGAAAUUAAACAAGCUCAGGAGGAAGAUGAAUCCCUGAAGCCUUUGUUUAAGCAAGCUGAAAGUUUACUAGAAUCAGCAGGAGAACUACCCAAUAAAUUUGUCACAAAAGAUGGUGUGUUUUACAGAGAAAGCAAAAGUGUGGAAUCAGAAGAAAGGUCAGAAAUACAUAGUCAGAGUUUCACUGAAAUUGAAAGGCAAGCGCAGGUGGCUGAGAAACUGAAGGAGCAACAGGCUGCGGAGUACAAGAAGCAAGCAGAUGAAGCCUUAGUGGCCUCCAUGAGACUGACGUAUCAAGAGCUACACGUUGAUCGGAAAAAGGAGGAGAAAAAACUUCAAAACCUGGAAGGGAAGAAGUGGGAACAGGCAGAGCGGCUGGGCAUGGGCUUGGUGUCCAGGAGCUCUAUUUCUCACUCUGUCCUCUCUGAGAUGCAAGUCAUAGAACAAGAAACGCCAGUGACUACAAAGUCCACACGGUCCCAGCUAGAUCUCUUUGAAGACAUCGGAAGCUUCACAUCUGGACCACCAAAGUACAAAGAUAAUCCUUUUUCAUUAGGCGAUGCCUUCAGCUCACAGUGGGAGACAGACAACUCCUCUUGGGAAAUGGACAAAGGGGAAGAGGAGGCAGACAUUGCCAUCUCCAGCAUCCGGCCUAUUGGUGACAGACCCAUUAACAGAAGAGAGACAGAGAGCAAGAUAUCAGUAGUGGAGUCCAAUGAAGCUCAGCAGAAGUUUGCAGGGGCCAAAGUCAUCUCAUCUGAUAUGUUCUUUGGACGGGAAGCUGAUACAGUUCCAGUGGCUGAAUAUUUGACCGAUCUUCAGUCAACAAUGAGAGUGGCAAGAGACAUCGCACAAGAACAUCUAGCUGUAGCCCAGCAGAGACAGAAGAGCUACUAUGACAGGUCAGCCAAACCAAGAAGCAAGCGGAGGUUAUUUUUCGAUGGAGAGAGUGGUAAAGACCCUGACGUGAUGGGGAUUGGUAGUUUUAACUAUCAGCAGUUUACUUUCAAGAUUCUACAAAAAUGUUUGGACAAUGUUUCGCAGGACUUCUUAAAUGACUCUUGGAAGUUUCGCAAAAAAACAUUUUGGGACAGAGAGAGUUCAUUGUGUUGCUGGGAAGGACGAGUGUAAUUAUCCCCAACAACAUGUUAACCUCUGGAAUGCUCCGCAGAAGGAAACAUCGAUGAACUGUGCCAGGUGGCAUGAAGAAGAUCCCUAUGAAAUGUACUGAGUAUCGGAAGAUGUUUAGUCCAGUGUAUAAAUAAAGACUUGGGGAAUAACCCUGAAUGAAAAUUAAACUGUUACAAAUAUGAUUUAUGGAAAAUGUAUUUUUAAAAUGUCUUUUGAUUUGAGGUUGUGAAUCUUAACAAUGGGAAAGAUGACCAAUACGUUUAUGGUUUGUAUGUUGAAUGGUGACAAUGCCAUGACUGUAUGGUAAGAUAUGGACAUGUUAUGUGUAUAUGCAACAGUGAAGGUUUGUAUUUUAUGAUUUAUGUAUUGUAUCUAACUUUGUGUUUUAUUUCAGGAAUACUGUUGUGUAUGUAUAUAUGUAUUUAUUAAUUAUUUUUGCCCAUUCUAGGCAUAGAAAAGGCAAAAAUAAUCUUUCUUAGGGGGGAGGUGUAAGGAUGUUAUGAGUUAAUGGGAAUUAUUGAUAUGAUUUUAUUUGUUUAUUAAAAGGAAAAAGGGGAGUUAUGUAUUGAUGAAGACAGGUCUCACAUGGAAGCCAGCUGUGUUCAGCGGGUUGCCAUGGCAACGGGGGCGUGGCUAAGAUGACAGUUGGAGCAUAUUCCCUUUUAAAAGUUCAGUUGCUGUGAGGGUUUUAAAAAGGAGUGGCUGUUAGGGGUUUGAGAAGAAGAGUUGUGGUUAGGUUUUGGAAAGAUUAGGAGCUGUGGAAAUCAGCUAAGGACGGCAGCUUAUGGUCACUCAGGGGAAAGGCUGGGAAUAUAAGCUGACCAGGGGAGUUUAGUAUACUGUUUUGAAGAGAAGUUAUUUAAGAAAUAUCCAUUCAAGAAAGACUACAUUGUAACUUAAGAUCCGGAACGUUUACUGAUUGAAACCAUACGCUUAUGUACCAAAAAUAAACUUGAAUUUUGUUAUUGUUCAUAAAGAUAAGUCUCCUUGCCUCUCUGUAAGCCUGUUACCUCACGUUGGUGGCAGUUACCGUACCUAUCUAUAUAAGUUACCGUACUUUCCUAUAUAAGUUACCAUCUUUACUCAUUUAAACCCAAUCAGUUCCGUUAUCCUUCCUUAUCCACUAAAUCAUCCCUGUCAUACAUUCACACAUCCUCCAUCCCUCCCUCUCACACGUGCACACAUCUCCUGAAUUGGAGGCAGCAGUGGGAUUUAAAGACAAAGAUUUCCCCUGCCUGAGUUGAGUACCACAAAUUGGGCUCUCUUCAAUUGGGGGCAGCGGUGGGAUCAAAAGGAUUCCAUCCCUGUCACCUCAGUCCUCUUCAAUUGGUGGCAGCGGUGGGAUCAAAAAAGAUUCCUUCCCUGCCUCACCUCUCUUCAAUUGGUGGCAGCGGUGGGAUCAAAAAAGAUUCCUUCCCUGCCUCACCUCUCUUCAGUUUGAAGGAUAUGUUUAUUGGAUGCAGUAGUAUACGCAUGGCCUACAUUUGCAUACAACCAGUUUUACCUAUGGUAUAUGGCACAUUAUAAGUAUAUCAGCUGCAUGUAAUUUUAAGAGCAAUUUUAUGACCAAAAUGUAUAGGCAUAUGAUCCCUUGUAACUUCUUCCUUUGAUCUUAAUGUCCCAUGAUUUAUAGGUAUUUUGCUUUCACAUAUAUUCAGUAUAUUCACAGAGGUGUCACAAAAUUAAUUUGAUGGAGAGGUACUUAUUUUCUAGGACAUUACCAAUAGAUGAGAAAUGAAACUUGUUAAAAGUUUCUGACUGUUUAAAAUCCAGUUUUAGGUGUCUGGAGAUUUUAUAUUUGUUCUGAGUGCUGAAAUGUUUUGAGGAGCGUAUUUACUUUCAUGUAUUCUAUCAAUCUGAGUAGCCUAAGAAUUCAUAUGAUGGUAACAAAAUCCCUUCUGCUAUCAUUUCACUAAGGUAAAUUUGUCACUCCUAAUAAAUAUACAUUGAUAUAUAUGAAGGAAACAAAGUCAGAAUUGGACGGUAGGAGAAAAAGGAGUCAGAAUUGAGGGUUUGCUGUGCCCACAGAUCUGACCAUAACACAAAAUGGGUUAUUUCCAGCACUUAAACUUCUGUGCCUAACAGAUUGCUGUUUCCAUUGUUCAGUACUUUUGCCCCAAAAAAUAAAGAAAUUUUAUCUUUAAACCUGCCUGAGCUUCCUUCAGGCAUAUAUGGUUUAGUUUAGUGGGAAACAAAUUUGGUGAUGAUAUCUGUGGCGAUGACUAUGUGGAUAUGACUUGCAAGGUGAUUGUUGUUGCUUUUCUA